CGCUCCUCAUCGCACCCACCUGGCCCGCUUGCUUCCGACGCUAUCGUAGUCCGUCACCUCUUAGGAAAGCCCUUACCGAAACCCCUGCUUCUGACAGAGAUCAUUACCAAUGUCUCAUCUGGACUCUGGCUCUUCUCCGGACGCGACCGGCUCUGGUCAAGGCACCUCACCACCUGCCCCGCCUCCGGACAACAAAUCAGCGGCGCAUCGUAAGCCUGCCAAACGAGAACGUGUCGCUUUAGCUUGCCAAAGGUGUAAAACCCGAAAGCAAAAGUGCGAUGGCCAACGACCAGCCUGUGGCUCGUGUGCUCGACUAUCCCUGAAGUGCGUUUACAUUGUUCCGCUUGUACCGGCAGCUGGAGAAAAGAAGAUUUACAUCAAAGCGCUCGAGCAUCGAAUCGCCGAGCUAGAAGCAUAUCUCUCUGCACUGGGUCAUCCAAAUGUCGGUACUAGUCAGCUAGGACGUUUAGGGCAAUCAACAUCAUCACAAAAUGUAGCAAUGCUACCGGUUGGCCAGUCUGGUCAAGGACAGGUGCCAGCGCUAAUACCCGAACAGACCCAACGGAAUGACGAAGAGGAAACCAAUGAUGUUUUACUCGCUGUUAGAGACUUAUCACUUUCAGCUUCCGGUCACUACGUUGGGGCCUCUUCGAACAUAACUAUAGGACGGGUGCUCAGUUCCUUCGUGACAAGCCAGAAGACGGGUAUCCAUGAAGAUCAAGGAGAAGACGACCCGGCACCAAAAUCCAUAUACACGUCAAAUGCCGGGGACGUGAUUGGCGUUCCGUUUCUGACUCCCCAAGUUGCCGGAAGGCUUUUACAUGGCUACUUCCGGCACAUUUGCACGAGAUACCCCAUGUUGCACUCAACCGAAGUGGUGAGGCUUCACAACAACCGGGACCACCUCACAGACGAAUACGAGCAGACUAUAUUACACUUGAUAUAUGCAGUGAGUGGUAGGUGGCUAGAAUCAGCAGGCGAGAUGGGGCAUUUUUUCAGUGACCAGCAUUAUGAGUUCGCUUUCGAAGAGAUGGAAUCCAUGCUCCGCCUUCGGGACGGCCGCACAGUGAAUUACUUGUUACUGAUGGCUUUAUACUGCACAAGGGCUCCGAAGGACCCUGGGGCUUGGACUUACGUGGGAGCUGCUAUGAGACUAUGUAUAGAAUUAGGGUUACAUCGCCGACCCCGGAGACAGCAACCGAGCGUCGAAGGCGAGAUGGACAAGCGACGAUUUUGGACGGCUUAUUUCCUCGAUCGUGAUAUUUCGAUCGCUGUGGGACGUCCCCCUACCAUAUCGGAUCAUGAUAUCGACGCAGAAUUGCCUCUCGAUAUUAAUGAAGAUACGCUUGAUACCGAGGUCAUACGCCAGGCGUCAAUGCGUGUCAACGAUAUCCCAGUCUGCCCUUCUAGCACGUUAACAUCCUUCAUCCACCGGACCCGACUUAAGCGAAUAGAGUCGGAGAUCCAACAUAACGUUUACAGAGUCGAUAGACCAAACGACGUCUCGGACGCCACCAUAGGCGAAUUCCUCAACAGACUAAAUGCCUGGAGAGAUGCUAUACCUUUCGAGACGACCCACUACGUUCACAAACAGGAGAAUCCCUUCGAGGGCGCCGAGUUGUACACGCUUCACUAUUAUCGUUGCGUGAGGUUUCUACUAUACCCUCAACUCGCUAAGAACCCGGUAAACAUGCACUACUUGAAACUUACCGCGGACGCCUGCAUAGGCAUCAUCACAGAUUAUCGAAAGCUACACCAAACUUUCCCUAUUGGUUUCUCUGCGUUGUCGAUACAAUCUGUUUUUUUGGCAGGGUUAACUCUGAUAUACUGUGCAUGGCUGGCCCCUAUGAACUUCAUCAGCGUCGAGGGCCCGCUGACAGACUGCCAAAUUCUCCUAUAUAUCGUCACGGAGCGUUACCCGUCAGCUAGGAAGUAUCGGGACGUAUUCGAGCGCAUCAAAUCUUCCAUAAUGGGUAUUAUUAUGCAGGGGAAGCACGAACCUCGAAACCCAGUGCAGAUAGACCCGAACGUUCAGAAGGGAUUUGCGAGCUUCGAAGGACAGUGGGCUCCGGGCAUGGGCGCUGACUUCUCUUAUAUGGUCAACGCGAUGACAGGGAAUAUGACGGUUCCUCAAUUUGACUUGUCCAUGGAUCCAUCGACAGGGUUGAUCGGCGGGCACCCCGACCAAUCUACCUCGAACCUGGACCAAUAUCAAGCGGUCUGGUCCGGGAUGCCGCAGCCGAUGCCUCACGAAUUAGGCGAUGUGAAUAAUCUUGGUUCACUAUACCAAUGAUCACAUUCACCCUUCAAAAAUAUCGAAUUCAAUAUCUACCUACCGGAGUUGAGGAAGCGGGAUAUACGACUACGUCGCGAUACUGCUAGAACGUGUUUUAAUGGCUUUGUUAGGAGGCAAGAUCCGUCCUAGAAUCAUGCAACGAAACAUUAGACAUAGAUGUCGAAUCCGCCGUGAUCCAUGUUUUUCCUAGGUGAAUAGUGACGCUGAUGAUGACACGCCCAGACCACCCAGAUACCCGGUCUCUAUGAAGUGACUUCAUCGAAGUCCAUAUUGCCCCACCAAACCCCAUAUUGAGCAAGCACCUCGGGACUCAACUCUGACAUGCGUAGGGGUGGUAUCUCCGGCUUGGCACGUCACUAAAGCCUACUAAACGAGUAAACGUGCCGAGCCGCAGACGCAGCUGCUUCACUGUCGGAUAGGGACUCCCGAUGAUGACACGCUAGAGUAACGCCAGUCAAUGGGUAGCUUACCAAGAUCUGUCUCUUUUUCCCUUCUACUCGCAGUAGUAUAAGAACCAAUAUCUUCACCUAAGUUUCCAACGAAUUGUCGCCGUCAAGGUUCCCCGUUUGUAAACUAUCGUCACUUCUCCUCUCAGGGUAUCUCCCCCGAGAGGUGCAUCGACAUAUAAAUUUCGGCGCGGGAUGUGCGGGGAGAACUAGACAUUCCACGGCGUCCGCUGGCUUCGAGAGUGAUUUGUGAAGCGAGAGAACUUGGCAAUCGAGCUGCCAGCGG